AUGGCGCUAGAUAGUGUACCGGCCAAAAUCAUCGCCAUGAUGAAGGCCUACUAUCGUUCCACUACUGCGAGAGUCCUGGUCCGUAACAAUUUUUCCCAACCGUUCGGUAUUCGAUCUGGCGUCCGACAGGGUUGUAUCCUGUCACCCAUACUGUUCAACUACGCUACUGACUGGAUCCUCGGGAGGGCCCUACGCGACAGUGACGGUGUUGAAUUUGCACCCGGACAUCGACUGACUGAUCUCGACUAUGCCGAUGAUAUCGCCUUACUUGCUUCAAGUUUUGGUGAUCUGCAGUCUAUGGCGUCACGAGUGAACGAGGUCGCUAAAUCAGUCGGUUUGUCCAUAAAUGCUGGUAAGACCAAAGUAUUCUCAAGCUGCAUCCCUGACCAGGAGAAGGCACCCCUGGGGAUUGAUGGCUGUCAGCUUGAAGAAGUGGACAGUUUUAAAUAG